GGUGACGUUCCAAACGCAACAACUAGUUCGAAAUACUUCGAAUUCUAACUAAAAUAAAUAAUAAAAAUGUCCCUAAUAUUCUGUGUCUGUGUAUCGCUUCAGCUUUAAUUGUUGCUUAGUGUUUUUCUACUCGUAGAAUUAGUAUUCGGUAAAGUGCAAAAAGGACUCGAAAUCCGAAAGGAAAAUGGCGGAACAUUCGCGUUCGAUCAAAAUUUGAAUUCGAUUUAUGAAAUAACUUUUUUAAGAAAAUAAGGUCUUUUUACUCGUGAGGACUAAAACCCGGUAUUGUACCCUCGUGUCAGUUCGCCAGUGCAAGGACACGGCAAGAUCGAUAAAUCGUCCGCGAUGUCGACUGGGCUUUAGUAUAUUUUAGUCCGGAGACCGACCGGGUUGAUUUUAAGCUGGUAAAGCUUAUAGACUGCUGUUCAUGUCAGCGAAGAAAGAAAAGGAUUAGACUAGCGUCCGACGACAUGACUACGGAAACGGCGACGCCGAACCAGGCGGACGCCAGCACCGCUUUCCUGCGGGCAGCGCGUGCGGGUCAAAUCGAGAAGAUCAUCAGCCUCUUAGAACAAGGGGUCGACAUUAAUGUUAGCAAUGCUAAUGGUUUGAAUGCUAUCCAUCUUGCAUCAAAAGAUGGUCACGUAGAAGUUGUUCGUGAACUUCUGGAACGUGGAGCAGCAAUCGAUGCUGCUACUAAGAAGGGCAAUACCGCUCUGCAUAUCGCGUCCCUUGCUGGUCAGGAGGCAGUCGUUAAACUGCUGGUGCAGAAUGGAGCUCAAGUCAACAUUCAAUCCCAGAAUGGCUUCACGCCCUUGUACAUGGCAGCUCAGGAGAACCACGAUGGAGUUGUCAAGUUUCUUCUCUCAAACGGAGCUAAUCAAAGCUUGGCUACCGAGGACGGUUUCACGCCUCUCGCCGUGGCCAUGCAACAAGGUCACGAGAAGGUUGUCGCGGUUCUUUUAGAAGCUGACACUCGAGGCAGGGUCCGCUUGCCCGCUCUGCACAUUGCUGCCAAGAAAGAUGAUGUGAAAGCUGCUAACUUAUUACUGGAGAAUGAACACAACCCCGAUGUGACAUCAAAGUCCGGCUUCACUCCGCUUCACAUCGCAGCACACUAUGGCAACGAAUCGGUUGCUCGAUUGCUAUUGGCUAAAGGAGCUGACGUCAAUUGCGCCGCCAAACAUAACAUUUGCCCUCUACACGUUGCUGCUAAAUGGGGUAAAGAGAAUAUGGUUGCUCUUCUCUGCGACAGUGGAGCUAAUGUAGAGGCUCGGACCAGGGACGGUCUCACUCCCUUGCACUGCGCAGCGCGUUCUGGACACGAGCGUGUGGUUGAAGCUUUACUGGAUAGAGGUGCUCCGAUUACUAGUAAAAGCAAGAAUGGCCUCGCACCCCUCCAUAUGGCUGCCCAAGGAGAUCAUUCCGAAGCCGCUCGGGUGUUGCUCUCGCGUAGAGCCCCCGUUGAUGACGUCACCGUGGACUACUUAACCGCCCUUCACGUGGCUGCUCAUUGUGGACACGCUAAAGUGGCUAAAUUGCUCUUGGAUAGAAAUGCUGAUGCUAACGCACGUGCUUUGAAUGGCUUCACACCGCUUCACAUCGCCUGCAAGAAGAAUAGGAUCAAGGUUGUGGAACUACUCUUGAAAUAUGGAGCAAGUAUCCAAGCGACAACAGAGUCUGGGUUGACUCCACUUCACGUUGCCUCCUUUAUGGGUUGCAUGAAUAUCGUGAUAUAUCUGCUGCAGCAUGAGGCCAACCCUGACGUGCCAACUGUUAGAGGAGAGACUCCCUUGCACUUAGCUGCUAGAGCUAAUCAGACGGACAUCAUACGCAUUUUGCUUCGUAACGGCGCAGCGGUUGAAGCAAAAGCCAGGGAACGACAGACACCGUUGCACAUUGCUUCUAGACUCGGCAAUGUUGAUAUUGCUGUAUUAUUGCUGCAACAUGGCGCUGACGUCCGUGCGAUGACUGCUGAUCAUUAUAACGCGCUACACAUUGCUGCUAAACAGCAUAAUCAUGACGUUGCGGCUGCUCUUAUCGAGCACAAUGCUCCCUUAACUGCAACUACUAAAAAAGGGUUUACGGCACUUCAUCUCGCUGCUAAAUACGGAAAUCUUAAGGUGGCGAACUUGCUCCUUGCUCACGGAGCAUCACCAGACCAAGCCGGUAAAAAUGGCAUGACUCCACUUCACAUCGCUGCUCAGUACGAUCAGCAAGCAGUCGCCAAUACAUUACUCGAAAAAGGAGCUGACGCUAAGGCGAUCGCUAAAAAUGGACAUACUCCAUUACAUAUAGCAGCUCGGAAGAACCAGAUGGAAACAGCAGCUACUUUAUUGGAAUAUGGAGCGCUGACUAAUGCUGAGUCGAAGGCUGGUUUCACGCCAUUGCAUUUGGCAGCUCAACAGGGUCAUACAGAAAUGUGCUCCCUGCUUUUGGAACAUGGAGCAGAAGUAGACCAACAAGCUAAGAAUGGUCUCGCAGCUCUACACCUCGCUGCUCAGGAGGAUCGCGUUCCAGUAGCUCAGCUCUUGGUGAAGAAUGGUGCUGAGGUGGAUAUUUGCACUAAGGGCGGUUACACACCACUCCACAUCGCCAGUCACUAUGGUCAGGCCAACAUGGUGAGGUACUUGCUGGAAAACGGUGCGUCUGUGAAGGCACAGACAACUCACGGAUAUACUGCAUUGCACCACGCAGCUCAACAAGGACAUAUCAACAUUGUCAAUAUUCUUCUUGAACACAAAGCAGAUGCUAAUGCCACAACUAUUAAUGGCCAAACACCUCUGGAUAUAGCCUCAAAACUGGGCUACGUAACGGUGAUGGAGACCCUUAAGGAGGUAUCAGAACCCUCACUCGCUCCGGCAUCGCAAGACAAAUAUAAAGUCGUGGCCCCUGAAACUAUGUUGGAAACCUUUAUGUCGGAUUCGGAAGAAGAAGGAGGUGAAGAUGCUAUUCUCAAUGAUCAGCCAUACCGUUACCUGACAGCAGAUGAUAUGAAGUCUUUAGGAGACGACUCACUUCCAAUUGACGUGACGAAGGACGAAAGAACUGAAUCGGCAAUGAGCCACAAAAAUAUUAUGGAGAUUUCCCAAGGAUCAGUGAACGGCAUACCAUAUCAACCUCAACAAGAAGUGGUCGUCAAAAGCAUCAGCCGCUACAGCACCACUCAAGCCCCUGAGGGUUAUUGCUACAAUGUUGAUCCUACCCAGCCCAAGAAAAAACUUCAAUGGAAAAAUUUCCUGGUGUCGUUCCUGGUGGACGCGCGGGGCGGCGCGCUGCGCGGGUGUCGCGGCGGCGGCGUGCGCGUCAUCGUCCCGCCGCUGUCUGCUCAACAGCCUACGAGGAUUACUUGCAGAUACUUGAAACCGUCUCGAAUUAAUCACAUGCCUCCACUAAUGGAAGGUGAGGCUCUCGCUUCCCGCGUGCUGGAGAUGGGUCCCGUGUCGGCAAAGUUCUUGGGACCGGUUAUCCUAGAAGUACCUCAUUACGCGUCUCUAAGAGGCAAAGAACGCGAGAUUGUUAUCCUUCGGUCUGAUAAUGGCACCAGCUGGAGAGAACAUAACGCUGAUGCAACUGAUGAUGUCGUCCAGGAUAUUUUACACGAGACUCUGGAGAUUGAAGAAACAAAUGACGAAGAAAAAGGCUGGGACGCACCUCGCGUCACGCGCAUCCUCACUCACGACUUUCCGCAAUACUUCGCGGUGAUAUCCCGCAUCCGGCAGGAAGUGCAUGCCAUAGGACCUGAAGGUGGCAUGGUCUCUAGCUCCGUCGUUCCUCAAGUCCAGGCCGUAUUUCCUCAAGGAGCCCUCACUAAGAAGAUCAAAGUGGGCCUCCAGGCACAGAUAAUUGACUCGGAACUGACUGCGAAGCUACUAGGCCGUGGUGUCGCGGUAUCACCAGUAGUCACGGUUGAACCUAGACGAAGAAAAUUCCAUAAAGCCAUAACCCUCAGCAUGCCAGCUCCUCGUCCCCACACCCAGGGGAUGACGAACCAGUACAGCACAUCAUCAGCCCCAACCCUUAGACUCCUUUGUUCCAUAUCAGGGGUAUUUCGCAAAAGAUCUCUCGAAGGAGGAACUAAUCGAGCUCACUGGGAAGACGUUACGGAAAAUACUCCGUUGACUUUUGUCAACGAUUGUGUUUCGUUCACUACAACUGUGUCGGCUCGCUACUGGCUCAUCGAUUGUCGACACGUGGAGGACGCAACAAAAAUGGCUACAGAAUUAUACAGGGAAGCUAUCCAUGUGCCAUUUAUGGCACGUAUUGUGGUUUACGCAAAGCGUACUGAUGAGUGUCAAGCUCAAUUACGUAUGUUCUGUGUGACUGAUGACAAAGAAGAUAAGGCCUUGGAAAGGAUCGAACGGUUCAUACAAGUAGCUAAGAGUCGUGAUGUCGAGGUCCAUGAGGGAAAACCUGUUUAUCUAGAGUUUGGUGGAAAUCUAGUACCAGUGGCCAAAUCUGGCGAACAGUUAUCGAUACCUUUCCGAGCUUUCCGCGAGAACAGAGUUGCUUUCCCAGUGAUGAUAAAAACUCAAGACUUAGAGCCGAUGUGCCGAUGCCAAUUCAUGAGAGAUCCUAAAGUUCCCAAGGGUGAACCUUCACCCACACCGAUUGCCGUACUAAAUAUAAUGGUACCAGACGAUUUAUUGGUAGAAAGAACAUCUCCAAUACCAGCAGAUAUGGUGCCGCGACGAACCGAGGAACAGGAAUUAAUUUGGCGACAACGGCUUAGUGAUCCAAGAUUGGAAGAUAUUUGUAUUUUACUCGGUAAAGAUUGGGUGGCUUUGGCUUAUGAAUUAGGAGUGAGUGUCGCAACUGUAAACCAGAUACAAGCAAAGCGAAUAACUGCAGCUGAGCAAGCUCAGUUGAUGUUAAAACUUUGGAAGACUCAAUCUGGAACUAAGGCUCAAGAUAAUUCAUUGGAACUUGCACUAUGUCGUAUCGGAAGGGACGAUAUUAUUGCUCCACAAUCGGAAAUGACAAAUGAAAGGCGUAUUCAAAGAAAUAUAUACCAAGAGAGACAAGAAUCAGAGGAGAUCGAAGCGUACAAAGCUGAAGAGGACAAUAAGCUCAAAGAGAAUAUUUAUGAUGAUAAUGAAUUUGAAGAACGUACGCGUACAGAAGACCUAGACCAAGACGAAGCCAAAUAUUCUCCAGAAGAAAAAUCAGUGUUAGAAAAAAGCGAAAUGGAUAGAACUCCUACACCGAGUGAAGAAAGCGAAGAAGAUGAGGACGUAAAGCGCAGCGUAGCUGAAAGGAAGGAGCAAAUUACUAAGAAACUCAGUUGCAGUAAAAUUCCUUCAUCGAAACAGAAAAAAGAGUUACGUGAAGAGAUAAUAGAGAUAAAAACUCAAAUAAAGCCUGACAUAAAGAAAUUUCAAGAUAUUGAACAACAGGUUAAAGCAGAAUCAAAAAUAGAACAAAUUCGCUUAAAAACUUCACCAGAUACCGUUGACGUUGAAGAUGCUAAAGAUAUACGAAGGGAGCAACAAGUUACUGAAAGAAAAGAAGAAAUAAAACAAGAAAGACCAAUAGAACAAUUUAGAAAAUUCGAUCCAUCUUCCCCUGGUAAACCAACACCAAAGCAUCUACAACGACACAUGCGAAACGAAUCGAUGAGAUUUCCAUCUGGUGAUUUCUCUAAUGUCACAAUUACUCCUAAGAAGUCAACAACAGUAGAAACCCAUCAAACGACAACUAUAAAACAAACCACUGAAAUUAAAACAGACACAUUCACUAAGGAACCUAUCUCACAAAAAGAAAUUGAUAGUGCAAGAGUUGAAGAAAAAUUAGAUGAUGGUGAUAAGUCACCCGAAUUAGUAACCGAUGAAGAAAAGGAUAUUGCAGAAGCAACUCUUAAAGACAAAAUAAAUGCAUUUGAAAUCAAAAUAUCGAAAGAACCUAUCGAAACACCUAAACAAGUCAAACUCACAAAAGAAGCAUUGAAAAGGCAUACCCAAGAACAGGACCAGGGGUUGGAAUAUACACAGGCAUUUGUGCGAGAUCAGUCUAAGCAAAUAACGAGUGAGAGUCAACAAGUUUUGAUUGAGACUGAGAAGCAAAUUCAAACUGUCAAGUCUGUAAAAGAGACGAUACAACACUUCGAUUCAAAAAUUAAACACGAUGAAAAGCCGAAACAGUUCCCAAAAACGAUGAGAACUGACUCAACUUUGGUACAGGUUUCAUCUGAAGAGGAUAGUGAAUUUUUGAAAAAAUCAACAGAUUCAGAAACUGAAACAGAAUCACAGACGACAAUAAAAAUUGAGAAAGAUAAAAAACACAAAUUUGAAAUCACCAAACAUUCUUUUGAAAGAAAAAUUGAUGUUACAGAUACUUUUGACUUAAAACUUAAAGAAGACGAUGAAGAAAAAAAGGUUGAAGAUGAUAUUGUUAAACAAGAUGAUUUAGUGGUUAGUACUGUAGAGCAUAAAAUUGAAAGCCAAGCUGAUGAAGUAAAAAUAAAAGUAAGUGAGGAAGAAACUACGGAAACAUUAGAAGAAAAAUAUGUUCCUGAUGAUAAAUUGAAAGAUAUGGUUGAAACUCAACAGUCAAUAGCCAGCACAAAAUCUGACAUUAGCAAACAUACUAAAACUGAUUCAAUAGGAUCAGAUGUACAAGAUGCUCUUGGCCGGAAAAUUUCCCAAGAAUCCCCGUUGCCUUCUGGUAUUGAUAAAACCGAUUCAUUAGCUGACUUACAACAAAGCACAGAGAGGGAUGUAAGCUUUGUGUCUCAAACUGAAUCUAAGAUAUAUUCAAAAGAUUCUAAGCAUAGAAGCGAUUCAUUAGAUGAAGCGUCCCAAUUCUCCGACUUAGAAGAUCAAAUUGGAUUCAGUCCUGCACAUAGGCCAGUUUUAGAUAAGCCUGUUGAUGAAGUAAAAAUCUCUGAAACGGAUGAAAAAAUUAUAACCAUAACUGACACAAGUCGGUUUGACACUCUUCAAUUUUUAAAAUUUGAAAGCGAACAUAGUGCCCAGGCGCUUCUACCUCUUCAUACAGCAAAAGAAUCUGAAAAGACAUCCGCUAAGGAAUCUCCAGUUAUAAGCGCUAAAGCUCGUCAAUUUAUAGAAACUGUCCCUGAGGAUGAUUCGGUCCAAGAGUGUUUCUUUUCAAAGCGUAUUUAUUCAGAUUCAUUAGAAGAUUCUGACCACACGGACUCUAGGCGUCAUUCAGAAGCAGACUCGUUGAAAUCAGACCAAUCUGAUAUGAAAGCUAAAAUAUCAUCUUCUGAUUUUGACGAGAGGGCAGAAUAUGAGGGAACUGCUGAUUCCGGCAGCGGCUUUGGUGAUGAAAAGUUUGAAGAAAGCAUUGGUUUUACUUCAAUCAAGAUAGAUUCACAGAUUUUAGAAUCACAAAAGCAAGACACUGAUUCGACGUCAACACAAGCUGAUGAACCAGAAGUGGUAUUUAAAAAAGUUUUACCAAAACGGCAUUCCCGAACUGAGUCUAUUUCAAUCACGAAAAUAAGUGAUUUACCAGAUAUUAAAAUUCCAUCAACUAAGCAAGAAUUCCAAAUGAUUGUUACUGAAGCUGAAGAAAUAGAUAAGUCAUUUGAAAAAGAUGAACAGUCGGACAAAAUUUCUUCUGAAAGUAGUAGAGAAAUCGAAAUAUCUGAUCGAAAAUCAUCUGAAGGUAUUUCGGAUAGGAUAAGCUCUGAAGAUGCAGUCACAGAUAAGAAGACUUCCUCAGAAGAAGAUCAAAUUAAAGAAGAUUUAGGAUUAGACAAGGAAAAAAUCAAAGAUAUAACCAAAACGGUAACAGAAAUUACUAAAGAAUUGGACCGAGAUAUACCAACGAAAGGAGAUUCGUUAUAUAAAGUUGAGGCGGAUAAACGCCAAUCGGUAACAUCAGUGGGUUCUGUUAGCGAGUUGCGACUAGAUGAAAAACGCCUUUCCGAUGCCCAUAGUCUUACUGAAUCUAGAGAUUAUACUUUUGAAGAAUCUGAAGAUGAUAUUGGAACACAAGGUACUCACGUAGAUAUAAAAAAAGAAAAGUUACAAGACAAACAAGAAGUUGAGGGUAAAGCAAAAUCGCCAGAUAAAGUAAGUGAACCAUCAAAACUAGCAAAAUUGACUCAUGGAGAUUCAUUGGAUGAUGUGGAAGGUUUUCCGGAAGACCAUGUUGCUGAUUACGUACAUAAACUACCACAUAUCGCCGAAAUCAGUUCCUUGCCGGACAAACAUGUAACCAGUAAUUUCUUGGAAAGAGAGCGCGAAGAACAAAUAAAACGAGAAUCUACGUCCAAAGUAGUUUAUACUGAAUCUGAAAAAAUUACAGAUGAUACAAAUUUAGUUAUGAUUGGCGAUAAAACAUAUGAUGAUUCAUAUAAAACGAGUAUUUCAAAAAUAGAAAAACCUAAAAUGGAUGAUAUAAAACAAGAAGAAAUAAUAACGAGUACUGUAAAUUUGAUUAAAUCAUCUCAACCCACAACUACAAUGACCACAGAGACUUACAACAAAGAUACUGUCACCUUAUUAGGUAAAUCAGGUGAAGAAGAAACAAUAUCCUCCACCACAGAAUAUAAGACAGGCGAUUCCGGUGAGAGCAUAACAAUUACAACUGUGAAUGAGAAUAUUUAUGGGCAAACAGGAGAAGAAAUAGUAAGAACAACCGUAACUGAGACUACAGAAUAUCCUUCUGGCAGAGAAACCGUUUCUACAAAAGUUUCAGAAUAUAUAAAAGAACAGGAACAUCAAAUUUUUAAAUCUUUAGAUAAUAGUAUGCGAAAACCUGAACAGUUUGAAACAAAAAAAGACAUAAGUGAUAUUGAAGCAAAGUUUACAGAUGAAGGAGAAAAAGUUGUGACUACCAAAACCGAAACAAAAACUGGUGACUUAGGAGAGGAAAUAUCCACAACAACUGUUACAGAAAAAUUUAAAAAUGAAAAAGGUGAUGAAAUUACCAGAAUAACAGUAACAGAGACGAUAACGUACUCUUCGGGGGAAGUAAAAACAUCAACUAAAGUAUCACAGUCUAUUAAAUCUGAUGAUAAAGAUGAGGUAAUUUCAGAUUUAACUAAAACUGUAGAAACAAGUUCACCGGAAGAUACGGAAACUUCAAUAAAAAUUGAGACUAAUAUCGGGCCCGAAGGAGAAGAAAUAACAAUUGAGACUGAAACUGAAACUUACAAAUUACCAACAGAUGAACAAGUUAUAAAAACGACUGUUAAAGAAACUACCAAAUAUCCUUCCGGAAAUAUAACUAUAUCAAAAAAAACAUCAGAACGUACUAUGUCAUUUAAAGAAGAAACAUAUACUACGUUCCCACCUGAAGUUGGCGAGUCUGUCUUAGAAGACACAAUAAGUAAUAUGUUGCAUAAGUCUAAUGAUCUCAGUGAUGAUAAAGGAAAAACUUCGUCUACAGAAACAAAAACGGAAACAGGACCAAAAGGAGAAGAAAUUUUAACAACAACAGUUACUGACACAUCUGAAACUCCAGAAGGAGACUUAAAAGUUAGAAUUACUGUUACUGAAAUUACUAAACAUCCAUCUGGAGAAGAAACUAUUACAACUAAAGUUUCAAAAUCAAUUAAGUCUAAAGAAAGCCACAUUAGUUCUAUUGUAAAAUCUAAAACUGCAAUAAUUGAUGAAAAGAUAUUUGAGAACAAAUUUUCAGAACCAGCGAUAAAAAAGGAUAAGAAAGGGACAGUGACAUUAGAUACAACACAUAAGCUUGUAAUGGAUGAAUUAUUAGCUCAUGCAGCUGAAUCUCAAUCGAAAGUAAAAAAACAUGAUGUCACUUUUGACAAAAAUUUAACUGAAACAUCGUUGUCGUCUGACAAAGAAACAUUAGCCAAAAAAUCUGACAUAGAACAGCCUCAGAUUACCACUGUAAGUGAAUCGACCAAAAUAUCCUCUGAAAUUGAAAUAUCCAAACCGAGGGACCUUAAUUUAAAAGAAACUCAAGAAAUAACUAAAGAACAAGUAAAACCAGUCAUCGAAGAUAUAAUACAGAAAGGCACCACGGUAGCAACAACUAGAAGUCCUGUACUAGAAAAGGAUAUAAAAACGAUUAGCAAGGAAAUACUUGAGACAGAAAAAAGAUCCUACGAUGCUAAAGUACCCCAAAAAGAAGAACGUAGACAUUCUUGCAUUAGUCCAGCAGUUUCACUUGAAAGAAUAGCUGAAUCGGAAAUAGAAGAAGAUAGGUUAGAUGUUGAAGUCAUUACCAGUUCUCAUAAAAAUGAUACAACAAUUGAAAUGAAGAAAUCUGACUCGACAAUGAAGCAAAUGGCCGAUAAUAUAGAAAUAAUUAUUAAACAAGCUUCAGAAGAUUUGGAUAUAUCUGAAGAAGUUGAUGACGAAAGAGAAGAAAAAAUAAAGCUACAAGAAGAGGUUUCAGUGGAUUCUAUUAUAGAAGAAGCAGUUCAUACGGUUGAAGGAUUUUUAGAUGAAUCAAAAGAUAUCCAACCUGACGUUACUGAUACUAAGAAAGAAGUUAUUUCAGAAGACACAAAAGUAUCCAAGGAAAGACCUGGUUUAAUAAAAUCACUUUCAAGAGACAGUGGGGAAAUAUUAAUCAUGCCAAAAAAAAAACACGCAAGAACUUUUUCUGUUCAAAGUUCACCCGAUGAAGUAGAGGAACAGAUAUAUACAGAUUCAGAGUCAGAUAUGGAUAAGGCUAAAGUUUUGGAAAUUAUUGAACCUUCUUCAGAAAUCGAUGGAAAGGUUCCAACUUCUAGUUUUGACAUAAAAAAAAUUCGUACUGAUUCUCUUGAUGAUGCUGAUGAUUUUCCAGAAAAAGAGGCGGAAUAUUUUGAAGAUGGUGGAAAAUAUGCUGAAGAAUCUUUUACUACUCCUGAUAUAAAACAUAAAGAUUUCCAUGAUGUAUCAGGUACAAGUUCAGGUACGCCGCAAGAAUUAAUUGAAGAAAAAUUUGGUGAUACAUUCCCUAAAAGGACUCAUUUUGAAGACAGUAUUUUACGCUCUGAUUUAGUUUCAAAAUCAACAACUGAGUCAUCGGUAACAACUGUUAUUUCCACAUUAACUAAAUCUUCCGAUGAUGAACAAAAAUCAGUAGUUGAAGAUGGAACAUCAGCAGAUUUAUCUAAAAUUAGUGGAGCAGAUUUAAUGAAAGAUCCAUCUAAAACUUCAAUAGACACAAAAGAAGAAACUAGGAUUGAAGAUCAAAUGGAAGAUCGUGCCACUCCAGAUUUAUCAAAAAAAUCUAUUGAUUUAACAAAAGAUUAUUCAAAGUCUUCUAUAGAUAGCAAAGACACUUCUCGUGAUUUUGCCACUAACGAAUUAUCUAAAGAUUCGACAGUCGAUUUAAGUAAAGACUACUCUAAAGCAUCUAUAGACAGUGUCAAGGAAAAUUCUAGAUCAAUUGAUGAAAAAACGUUUUCCGAAGAACACUCAUCGUUUGACGUUUCUAAAACAUUAGCAUCAGAUGCCUCGGAUGGUAUAACAAAAAGCAAAGAAUUUAUAGAAGAAGAAAGAUCGAUUUCAAGGAUUAUUCAUAUAUCGUCGAGUUCCUCUCAGGAGACCUCAGUCAUGACAGAAAGUAAAGUAUUUAGUGAACAAGAUGAUAAGUCGUUAGACAAGACAAAAUUAUUAGAUAUAUCAGAUACUAGCGUUAAAAUUGAAGAAAAAAAAGAUAUGAAAGUAAAGAUAGACGAUUCUGAAAUUGGAAUUAAAAAAAUAACAUUUGAAGAUGAAAAACAAAAAGUGGAUACCCGUGAUGAAACAGAAAAAAGUGGAAAGGAUGAUGAAAUUGAAACCCCGGAUAUGUCCGAAUUAAAUAGACGAUGUUCCAAUUUACUGGAAGAUAUUUCAUCUCAAGGAGCCCUCAUAAGAAUCGAUUCUAGUCAUGUAACCCAUGAUCUUUCUUCGAAAUUCUCGAAAACACCACCACCGUCACCGGUGGAUUUAAUAAUGAAAGAAAGAACAAAACAUGAUGAAAGUGUAGCGGAAAAACAAUCUGUUUUACAGCCUAAAGGUUCUGAAUCAUCAUUCCUUGAUGCGAGUAGACAAUCUCCGAGAGCUUCAUCAGCUGGAGAUAGUUUAAUUAGUGAAACAGAGGCUCAUCAAAGCGAACUGCUAACUGAAGCAUCAAAAACUUUAAGUGAAGCAGCUAGACCUAAAUCACCAACUAAACAUCUAGCUGAUAACUUAUCAUUUGUGAAUGUUGACAAACCAACGAUAACCACUGGGGCUAUAGAACUUGUUGACCGAACAAUUGUAAAAAGUCUGGAUGUAAUUGAUCAAAUUAAAAAAGAAAUGCAAGAAGACAUGCACAAAUCUACAUCUUCAGAUACAUUUUAUUCUGAAUCUAGAAUAGAAACUUCAACAUCAUCAUCUUCAGUUCAUAAAACUGUUGAAGGUUCACAAUUAAAGUUUACAAAUAUAAACCCUGAUGCAGUUAUGUCAGAUAUGAUCGCUAAAUUUGGAACUACAAGUGAAUACAGCACAGUACUUUCACAUAAAGAGACUGAAACAAGGAAAAUAUCAGGCCAAGAGUAUUUUUCGGAAACAAAACAAGUUUCGUCAUCAGAUGACGAUUCUCUCAUUAUAAAAACGGAAACGAGUCAUGAAUUACGAGGGCAGGAGCACGCAAUUAAGGAAAAGAUGAUUGUAAAAAAAGAGGGAGAGCAAACUGAAACUUCGCAAAAAAAAAUGGAGAAGGCUCAUGAAGCAACGGCAAAACGAUCUGACGUAGAAACAAAAACUGUUUCUAAAAGCACUGAUGAUACAGAUAUUGUAAAGGUAGAAAGAGAAUUUACCGAACAAGGGCUCUACACUGGAAGGCAAACAAAAUCAGAAGAGAGGAUGACUGCUAUAAAAGAUGAAACUGUUAAGAAAAAACAUGAAGUUAAAAUAUCAGAAAGAGAUUUAUGCCACGAACAAUGGGGAAAGGAAUAUUUUACUGAACCAGAAGAGUUAGAAGAUAUUAAAGAAGACGAUGAUGCCAAGUCAAGAAUAGCAUUUUUGGAAUCUAGUUUAAAAAUAGUAGAAAAAGAUGAAACACUUUCAAGCGUUGAAGUAUCUGAAAAAGGUCAAAUAAUAAGUUCAAAGACAGAGCACCACAAAGAAGAAUCUGUAAUUGAAAGUAAGGAACACGAUGAUCUUAGUUCGGAUGCUUCUCAUAUACCAAGCUUCAAAAGUGAGGCUACUGAUAGACGAGAUUCAUCUGAAACAAGCCCGAAAAGUAAAUCUAAGUCUUUUAAAAAGGACGAUGAAGUUUAUGAAGUGGAUUUUAUAAAAGAAAUAAAAAUUUCGACAUCACCAGUUAAAAGUUCAUUUAGUCGUACUGGUAGUCAAGAUACUCAUUCAGAAUCUGAAAUUGUACCGGAAUUGCCACAUGAUGACAAAAUUAGUGACACCCCUAAGAAAGAGAAAAUCAUGAAGUCACCCAUAAAAUUAUCUCAUCAAACGGAAGAUUUAAUAUUAGAAGUUUCAGUUUGCAAGGAAGGUGUCAGUAUAGUUGACGAUUUAUCACAAGCAAAACUUUCUGACUCAUCUAUAAUAUCUUCAAGUAUGCCAAAGGAAAGUACUGGUCUACAAUUCGAAUCUAAAGACCUAGAUAUAAAACUAGAAAAAAGUACUAAAUUACCAAAAGAAAGUGAUAUUUCUCCUAUUACUAUGGAAACUUCUGAUGAUAUGAGUACAGCGUCCAAAGAAGCUAUGAUAAAAUCAGGUGAAAGUAUUGACACUGAAUGUAUGAUUAAAUCUUUAGAGUCCCAUGAGGGUGAAGUUUUACAAAAGUCAAUGGAUUCAACUGUCAGUGCCGAAACAUUACAUGCAUCGGAAUUUUCUACGGAAGCAGACUCAGCUUUUCAUACAGGAACCGAAGCCAAAAGAGAAGAAAAAAAGCUAGUUAAAGAAAAAAGUACCGAAGAUAUUUGUAGUAGUGGUUAUGAUACUGAUUUCUCCUCUGCCGAGUUUCAUGGAAUGAAACUUGAGUCUGAAAGGGUAGCCUUGGAUUCAUUAAUAUCUGCUCAGCCUCCUGCUGACUUAUCAGUUUUAGAGAAAACUAUAGAUGAAGUUAAGCAGUCUCUAGAAGCAGCACAAGGUGAAAUAAUUAGUGAAAAAAGUGAUGGUAGUAUUAAAUACAAGCAAUCACCGUCUGAAUUCCAAUUUAAAAUAUUAAUUAGUCCAGAUAGACCCGAAGUUAUUAAAGAAGAACCUCAACACGCUGACGAUCAAACUGAUAAGACUAACUUACCAACUUACGAAGAAAAAUUUAUAGAUAGCCAAAAAUCUGAGAGCGUUUCACAAAAGAUAAUUUCGCAAGAAGAAGAAACGUUUUCCGAUGAUGACAAAGAAACAGUUCACCAUAAAGAGUACAGUCCACCCCUUGAAGGAGACAUUUCAAUUAGAUCAGAUAGUGGCCCUCAUUCAAUAUUAGACACAGAAAGUGACUUAGUUUUGUCGGACAGAAAUGGUUCAUCUAAAGGUAGUCCCGAAGUUAAACUUCGGACCCAAAAGCAUAUGAAGACACAAUUAGGUGUUGUCGAAAGACGAUCUGCAUCAGAAAUUGAAGGUUGGUCUAGUUCUGGGGAGAGUCACUACCAUAGUUUUGAACACUCUGAAAGUAGACCUUUGUCAUCUGAUGUUGAAGUGAUGAUGACGGCUCAAAGUGGUACGGACUAUGAAACAGCACUAACAAGUCAUGAUGUUUCAUCGCAAUCAUUGAGGACAUCUAAGGAUUAUUACACAGCUGGUAGUUCACUUGCUUCCAGAGAUAGUAUGAAAAGCCUUGACUCAGAUGGCUCCAGUCAUGUUGCAAGCAUAGACAUAUCAGAUGCAUCUGAAACACUUGUGCCUUCAGCUAAUGAAUUAAAAGAAGAAUUGAUGGAAAGUAGUACAUAUGUUGAACAAUUCUUACAUGAGCCUGAGAAAGAACAAGUAUCCAAAAGUAAAACAACUAGUGACGAUGAUAUUUCUGGCGACGAUGACGAAUAUAAAACUGAUAAGGUUGAACUUUUAGGAAAAAUGAAAAGGUCUCAUGAAAUGCGAUUCCAGCCAAAAGAUAUGAUACCUGAACAUUUUCCACUGGAAGGCACUUCAGAAAGUAUUGAAUUUGACGAUGAUUCUUUAAAAGAUAAAGAAGUAUCAGAUACAACUAUAUCUAGCCAACUAAGAACCGACGAGAUUUUAUCUUCGUCAAUUUCAAAACUUGAUAUGUCUUCAUCUCAGUCUCAACUAGAUUUAGAUAAGGAAGAUAUUCAAGAAAUUGUAACUAAAGUAUCUGUACAUAGUGAACAGGCUAUUCCAUUUUCCGUAACAAAAAUAGAAAAGAAACGAGAAUUCGUUGACGUUGAAAGUGAAAUCAUUCCUAUAGGCUCGGCAGAGUAUGAAGAAAUUGAAAAAUUUGGUCACAUAACCACAAAGACAGACAAUUUACCGCAUGAUGAUAUCCCUUUAAGAAGAACUGUUGUUACAAAGGAAGAAUCUUUGCCCUCAAGUUCCGUUUUAGUAUCUCCAAAGGAAGUAAUAGAAGAAUGUGUAAAAAAAGUCGUUGAAGAAAUUAGCACUGUACCAUUCCCUGUUACUGAAAAACCUCCCAGUCAAAGAGAAUUUGUAGAUGUUGAAGAUGAUAUAAUUCCGAAGGGUACAAAACAGUAUGAAGAAAUACUAAAAUCAAAAAGCGAUUCAUCAGUACCUAAAACGAAAGUCGAGAAAUCUGGCCUAAGAACACCCGAAGAUCAUUUGGAAAGUAAGCAGAGUUCCACCUCGAGCUUAAAAACUCAUGAGCAUCUUUCUACGCCACAAACACCUUUGUCAGCACCCAGUCAAAGUUCUCUAUCUACAGAUAAUGGGCGAGAGUACGUUCUCGAUGAUAUGUAUGACAUUUCAGAAACUCCAGAAUUAAAAUCAGAACUUGUGACUGAGACCAGUCGAUCAGAAUUAGUAAUUACUACAGAAGAAAAGACCUUACAUACUUUUGAGAAAGAACAAGAGUCGCCUACUAGCGAUGAAUUUGAAAUGGUUGAUAAGCCUUGUGAAAUGGAUGAUUUUGUAGUUAUUGAAGAAGUUGCAAAAGAAGCACAAGAAACUGAUCCAGAAGGUAAAAGUUUGCAAAUUAAAGCCCAAAAAUAUGUAAAACGGCAUGACACAGAAGUCGAGGAAUAUUUAUCGAAAACAACUAAAAAACAAGAAAGUACUAGUAGUGCUUCGGGAUCUGGAUCAUUAUCAGAUGAAGAAAUUCUUCAAUAUGAACAAGAGCAAAAACGAUUACAAGCCCAAGAACUUGCUGAAAUUGAGGCGGGUAAGCGGUGGAUACAAAUGCAAUUCGAAGGUGAUCCGAGGUAUGAUUAUGAAAGAAUUCCGUUAGAAGAUAUUAAAGAGGAAGAAAUGACUGAUUUUGAUGUUAGCCGAAUUGGAAGCUUGAGUUCGCAAAAAGAAACAAUUGGAAGUUAUGGUAGUUUUAGAAAUUCGUACGGAAGCCUUUCAGAAUCAGAAAUGACCUCGCGUAUGAGGUUUAGAUUAAAGGGUGAUAAUGAUGAUAUUUCAAUUAGUUCAUUACAAGAAUUUGAAAACCUUGAAAGAGCUUUAAUGGAACAAUAUCAACAACAUUCGUCAUCUUCUCAAGAUUCUCUAAAUGGAUCGCUACCCCGUCGAUAUAUCUUAAGUAAAAGUCAAGGGGAUGACAUAUCUGUGUCAAGCCUUAAGGAAUUUGAAGGGCUUGAAACAGCUUGCCUAGAAGCUUUAAAGGCUGAAUUAUUAGCAAAACAAAAGGAAGCUUUACUUUUAGCGGAUCCCAAAGUUGUUAGUAGUAGUUUCCUAGAACAAGAAAAGCGUUCUUACGAUAGUAGUUCUGAAAGUAGUCCUCCAUUUAAGAGUGGAAGUCCUGGGCACAAAGGUGGUAGUCCCUCUCAAAAAAGUAGUAGCCCUUCACAAAAAAGUGGUAGUCCAUCUCAAAAGGUUGGAAGUUACGGGAGCCCAUCACAAAAACUUUUAGCUGAUUCAAUGGCUAUCAGAAAAAUAAUCGAUCAGCAACUGGCCUUAGAACAAAAAAUGCAAGAGUACCGACCGAAAAUUGUGACCGUAAAAAAAUUUGAUGAAAGAGGUGCCUUUUUUGUACCAGAACCGGAACCAGGAACAUCAGAAGCUAAAUCAACAGAAGUAGUAGAAGAAUGUAAAAAAUCAUCCUCUUUCGUUUGUGCUGCAGCUCCAAGCGAUGGCUCAGCGGAGUCAAUUCCAGGAGAUUGUGAAGAAAUGAUGAAAAUUUUAGACUUAGAAGAAAAAUCCAAGAAAGAAGAACAACAACAAUCAUUUACCAAAACAGAAGGUGGUAUUAUAGAAAUUGUUCGCACUACUACUGUAAUUCAACAAAAGUUUGUAGAUGGAAAAAAAGUUUCCGAAACUAUCACAAGCCUUGAUAAUGAAGGAGGCGUGGAUAUACCAGCUAGAUCUAAGCCUUAUGAUGACAGUGGUAUGUCAAUGAGUUCUGAGAUGUCUUCUUCGUUAGCUUCACAACCUUCUGAAAUGGAUAGUUUAAUGACAAUUAUUGAAAGACAUCCAUCUGACAGCGAAGUAGUAACCUAUUCUAAGCACACCAUAAUUACUUCUUCUGAGAGGUUUGAAGAUAAACCAGAAGACUUGGAUUUCUCAAGAGAAGGAAGUGCCGUACGUGAGCUGUCGCCCUCCUCUGGGAGGUCGGUAGCUCAUAGUAUUAUCUCCGGAAAACAUUUCACAGAUCCAGCUAGCGGUUCUUGGAGUGGUCAAGACGAAGAAUUAAGCUCAUCGGGAAGUUUCAGUCGCGCACGAGCUGAUCUGAUGUUAGGCAGCACAGAUAGUUUAGAAGCAACGAGUUCGAAUGCAACUAGAGCAACAUAUAACUAUGAAGUAGACACGCCAAUGACUGGUAGCCUUACUUCUGGAGCGCGCCCUCCAGGGUCGAACACAAUGGUGUCCUCACUUGACACUCUGGAUCCUGUGACGGCUGUACAGAUGGAAAGCCUAGAACAUCAGUCUACUAGUGAACAAUAUUCACAGGACCAUGAAGUUCAUGAACCAGAUUCUGAUACAGAAAGAUUAGAAUUGGACAGUCGUGUCCCUCGGGCAAAGGAACGUACAAUAAUGUUUGAUAGUACAGACACACUUAGCGCCGUUAGUGGUGAUGGUUCUGUUAAAGAGGCUACUGUUGAAGCACCAGCUGCUACUUUUUAUAUUGGAGAUACUCCUAUCGUUAGAGGAGACAAACGAGAGGAAGAAGAGAGUCAACCCACUACACUAUCUGGUAGUUGUCCAGCGUCUCUUCCACCUACAACUCAAGCCUCACCUCCAGUUCCAGCACAGCGAAGAUCCCUUUCAAUGAUCCCAAGACCAACUCACUCCAGCUUAGACGAGUCGAAGAAUUAGAGUUUUCAUGAGAUUCUAUAAUUUAAUAUAUUUAUUUUUAUUAUAUCACAACUAUUUCUACUUUGCCAGCUUAGGCUUAGCAAAUGCACUGUUAAGAUCAGUUCUUAAAAUUUUACGAAAAAAAACCUUUAAAAAUGUUUAUUAUAUAAUCUGUAUAACUCUUCGUUUAGUUAUACUUUUGUGUGAAAACAAAUGAAAAACGACAUUAAUGAAACUCAUUUCAGGCUGAAAUGUGUCUCGAUUCGAAACGUCUGAAUCAAAUACCUUGAAAUGAAUUCCUUAUCCAGUAUUUGACAAGAACGUGCAGAGCACUUCAUUAUCCAGGAAUUUGAUCUUAUUUAGGAAUAUGGAACAUAUAUAGUGAAGAAUUUUGGAUGUAUUUUGGUACUAACUUUUGUAUUGUACCGUCGUUCAGCGACAUCGGUCCAUGUUACUUGACCUAUAGACCUCCAUUGAUAACGCUUAGCUUAUUAGUCUUGGAAAUCGCUUUCUCGAUGAUGUUAACAUUGUAGAAAAUAUCAAAUAUUUUAUAAGAUAUAGGUUUAGGUAGAAUCGUUUCUGAUGAUUUUGAUAAUGAAAUUAUAGAAGCAGGAUCGGGUGACGGAACUAAAGCUGUCCUUAAUAAAUAAUAUGCUUUUAGUAACACAGGACAUUAUAAAUUGGUUUUCUGAAGAAUUCAUGCACAAUUUUCUGAAGUAAUUAGAUAGAUAGAAAUACAAAAUAUAAGAUAUGUAUGAUUUACGGUCACAGCAUUUGAGUCUAGUCGAAUUGCUUUAAUUCGUUUAUUUUUUAUUAUGUUGUCUAGUAUUUGACGUAAAAGUACUUUAAACGUACUUUUCAUAGGAUUAAGAACAUUAUUUUUCUUAAUUAAACAUUUAUAAGUAUAUCAAUGUUAUGACGUUGAUCGUAAAAAUUAUUAUUAGUAAAAUACAGCGCUUGCUCACUUCCAAUAUUUUAAUGUAUUUUAAUGAAUGUGUAGAUUUUUGAAUACUUGUGAAAGUAAGGAUUUGGAUUUAUCGGAAUUUGUUAUAAAUUCAUAAGGCUGAAGAGGACGUAAGAAUAUUAAGUGCUUAUUACAAGCUUAAGAGGGGCACGUAUUUCAAAGCUAUUGUUUUCGUAUCAGCGUUAUGAUUCUUAAUUAUUGAAUCAAUGCUGUUAGAUAAUAGUUGUUUUUAUUUAAGAAUCGGUGUGCUUAAAGUUAAUUAAUUAAUGCUAGUGCGUUGCUAUAUUAAGUUUUAAACUAAUUUGCUACGAUUGUUUCACGUUGUAUUUGUAAUAUUGCUGAAUAUUCUAUCGAUAAACUAAAUUAUAAUUGAAUAUUAAAUAAAAACGCUAUGUCUCAUAUUUAA